AUGUCGGGAGUGGCCGGAGGAGGAUCCAAAAAGAGCAGCAGUCGGUCAGUGGCCACUAAGAAGCUUAUUAUCAAUGUGAGUUGUUUGGUUUUCUGCUUUACAAUUUGAUGACAUGUUUUUUAAUUCAGGAAUUCAAAAAGAGGCUUCGUGACAAUAUAAAAUCACUCAACGACAACUUUUCUCAUAUUAUUGCGGCCGCUAAAGUAAGAAAUUUAUCGAUUCAUUGAUGUUUCCGAGACGUUUCAGGUGAAUCAAGACGACAAUGCGUACAAAAACCAGACGGGAAAGAUGGCCGAGUUCUACACAACAAAAAACGAAAUGGCAGUUCGUGCUCAGCUUAUGGUACGUCUCACAUGAUUUGAAAAACGAUCAACUUCGAAAUUAUAGGUGCGCGCCGCAGACGAACUUCUGAAACUAACGACAGAUCUCAAAGAGUUCCUCAUCCUGCACGACUUCCAUUUUUUGACGCACAGCAUCAAACAGUCAGUUCGAAUUUACAGUUCGGUUCAAUUUAAGUGUAAUUUAUUCAGAGCGGAGGAGCAAUGUGAGCGAACCCUGAGAGAACAAGGUCAAAUGCACGUAGCUCUGGAUUCGGACGUUAAUAACUUGGUUCAAGAUCUCGACCGCGAAAUCGCAGAGAACUUUUUUUUCCGUCACGGCUAA